AUGGGCUUCCAUCCCUCCAAACGUGGCGCACUGCCUACGCUGCUUCUUUCAAUGCUCACAGUCUCCUCCUGCUCCAUUCUCCCCGAGUCAUUUAACAGUGCGACCAACGCCUUUUCCAAACGAGCGUCAAAGAAGACCACGGUCCCUCUCACAUCGGAUGGAGGAUUCUGGUUCGCCAAUGUCUCGGUCGGAGAUGGCUCAAGUAUGAAUCUCCUCAUCGACACGGGCUCGACAGACGUCGUUCUCAACCCAGGCAAAUACAAACCGUCCGACGCAUCAGUCAACGGUAAUGAGACGUUUACCCUCUCCUACGGAACCGCGGAGAGCAACGGUACAGGAACAGCCACGAUCAACGGCACCGUCUACCACGACACUGUCACCCUAGGCGGCUUGAAAGUCGAGAACCAAACCAUCGGCGUGUCCAACAGCACGGACUCCUCCACUGAGUAUCCUCACGAUGGCAUUAUCGGGUUCGGCGCGCAACAAUUCGCAGCCAACAACGCAACAUCUUACUUCCACAAUCUGUGCGAAGAGAACCUCGUCGAUGACUGCCGCUUCGGCAUCGCAUUGGACAACGCCACAGCCGGCUCUUUCGUUAUCGGCACCCUCGACGACGACUUGUUUGAUGGCGACUUGACCACCUCGCCCCUUGUCGAAGAGUGGUUCACCUACGGCGACGUCGUGGUUGGAGGCCAAACGCUCGAGGGAGACGCUAUCAUCGAAUUUGACAGUGGAAGUGCUGCCAUCGUCGGCCCAACCGAUGUUGUGACCAAGAUCUUCGACAGUGUCGGCGCCCGCAUUUCCUCGGAAGAGACGUCCGAAGGCCUGCUCCUCACGGCCCAAGUCGCCUGCGACGUCAAUUCGACAGUGGGCUUCCGCUUCCCGUCGUCAAAUACCUUCAAUAUCUCACUGGGGGCUCUGCUUGUGCCGUCGACCAACGCUUCGGAUCCAAACUGCACGAUCUCGCUGGUCGCGCAGGAUUUCCCGGAUUUGCCGGGUCUUUGGGUUUUGGGUCAGACUUUCUUCCAAGGAAAAUAUCUCGAUCAUAACUUGGACGAUCAGACUAUUGGGAUUGCUACGCUCAAGACGUCGGCCAAUUCUUCUAGUUCAGGCUCGGAAAGCGGCAGUGGCAGUGGUGGAGACUCCGGAUCCAGCUCCAAUGCCGCUACAAGUCUAAGCUUUGGCAUCAACUUGUUGCUUUGCAUCUUAGCGGUCAUGCUCGGUGUUAGCAUGCUGUGA